GUUGCGAUAAUCGUUGUGAUGCGAAGUGUAUGCGCAGGUUGUGUCGAAACAAUGCCAAAUAUAUAAGUGAUUUAUUCAGUGGCGUGGGAGCCACCGAUAAGGAUGGUUGUGUCUUGGUACAGUGUGGCUUUACUUGCAGCCACUGCACUUGGAGCAUCUAUUGGCCCGUCAGAUAAACAAAUAGUUGAGAAAUCGUUUUGCGGCAAGGUCUGGAUCACAAUACAUUCGCCAACAUUACGCUUGAUUGGUAAAAGUGACAUUGUUGAUGCAAUAGAACUGAAUUGGGAUUUCAGUACAUGUGCAACAAUUCCUACUCAGAUUGGUCUCUUUAUGAACAAGCCGACGUCAUGGGACAACGGGCUCAUUGUAUAUCCUGUCGAAACUUUGGAGGGUUAUCAUAUAACUCAUGUUUCUCUUGGUGAGGAAUCUCUGGUUGGAUGGGAUUAUGGUGCAGGGUUGAGAGGUCCUCAAUGCCUGUGGCCUUAUGUUGCUGCCGGUGACCAUAAUAAUAUACAAGUGAUCAAUUGCCUGAAAAUACAACCAACGUGGAUGGAGGAUAAUGGGGACAAAAUAAAUAAGUUACGUAUCGGCGAACUGGCUGUUCCCGGCACACACAAUGCGGGAGCGUGGCGCUUCGAUACAGAAAUAAGCACAGUCUCCCGGGACCUCUUCGUUCUUUGCCAGGACCGUUCUAUAUGGGCGCAACUUGUUUAUGGCAUCAGAUACUUUGACUUCAGGAUUGCAUAUUACGACUUCUAUCCAAAUGUUGAAGAUAGGUACUGGUUGAACCACAACUUAAUACGAGUCCGUCCACUGGUACCUCUUUUGAGGGAAAUAAAGUCCUUCUUAGACUCAACCAAAGAGGUAGUAUUCCUUGAUGCUCACCAUUUUCCCGUGGGCUUCUACGAGCACGACGGUGCACCAAUCAGAUCGGUUCAUGCAGGUCUUCUAGAGCUGGUUCAGCGCGAGCUCGGGUCUCACUUAGCUCUUGCAACUCAGUUCUCAACCGGGGCAGGAACUAGAGGCCCCACCAUUCAGUCACUAGUAGAUGCUGAUAAGAGACUUGUUUUCAGCUAUGUCGACAACUCAGUCGUAGCGGAAAAUAGUUGGCUGUGGCCGAUAUUACCUCAGUUAUGGGCUAACACAAAUAGCCCCACGAAACUACUUGAGUACUUAGACAAUGCAAUCAGUACUUCACCACAGCCUUCUGCUCGAUCACCAAUGUUCUCAGCGAUGGCACAAACUACCCCCAAUGUCCUCGACAUAUUGCUUCUAAGAGGCUCCUUGAGACACAAUGCAGACGCUGUCAACCGUAAUGUCACCACGCGACUAAGAACACUUUGGAGACAGCGAUCAAACAUUGUUGCAUCUGAUUUUUUCCUGGCAAAUGACGUCAUAGAUCUUUCAAUUGAAAUCAGCGUCGAACGCUCAACCAGAUUAUGACAGUACAACCGAAUUCGGCAUAAAGGACUUUACCUUAAUAAAUCUAGUUCAAAUAUGCAAUUCAAUGUGCGUUCCCCGUGGCUUGCAAUAGCUUUAACACGACGCUAUAUUCUAUAAAUGAAUACGUAGAAGAUUUCAAAAGUCCAAAGAUAUAUUAUGUUAUUAGAUAAAGACGUGCUCAAUUAUUAAAAAUUAAAGUUGACAUCGUUAUUAUUAACCUGAGUGAGACCUAGAGAAUUAAAUUAUUAUUAUUAUAUGUACAAGCUAGUCUUCAUUAAUAUCAAAGAAAAAGUUCAAAACAACAGUGAUGUUACUAUUCACGUUUGUAAAUAAAAUAACCUAUCGCCUAAAUAAAUUUAAACAAUA